AUGUCUCGUGUGUUUUGUUUUCUCGCUUUGCUGUUGAGUGCUGUCUCUUUGUGCGUGACAGCUGACACGGGUUCUGAGUCUGUUCCUCUUCCUGAUGAUGGUCGUUGUCCUGAUGGUUACACUCGUUCUGGUGAUGGUAAAAAUUGUUCGCGUACUUCUCCUCCUGCUAUUCCACCACCACCACCACCUCCUCCUCAUCUUCCUCAACUACCUGGUGGUAAACCUUGUGUUUCAGACGACUCUAUUCCUCAGUGCUCCAUUAGCGGUUGUGAAGAUGAAGCUGCUCGUCAAAAUUGUGGGACGUCUACUGGGUCGGAAACUUGCAAUACUAACGAACCUAAGAAGGAAGACAGUUGCCGUGAUGGAUCUGUUGAUACACAUUGUACACACUCACUACAGGAACCGGCUCGAAGUAUAAGUAAGCCUCAAGAAAAUGGCCAGGUACCUGGUAACCCAGGUCCAAUUGGUGCUCCUGGUGAACCAGGGGAAGGUGUAACGGGUGCUGCUGGACCUGGAGGUGUUGUUUCUUCUUCUUCUCUUGCUCCUGGUCCCACUCCUACACCUCCUGCUGCUCCUCAACCUCCUGAGAGGAGUGUUGUUGAGUCUUCAGUUGAUGGCCAAACUGGAAGCAACGGCAACAAUACAACACGUGAGAGUGAAAAUGGAGAUAACAAUGGAAUUACGGCAACACAACCUUCUGCUGACUCUUCUAACACUUCGCCCAGAGUGAGUGGUGAUGGUUCUGAUAAUACAACUGCUGAGAGCGGCACUACACCUGUAGGGAGUGAGUCAACAAAUAACCAAGAAGGUGUGGGAAAUGCAGAUCCCACCACCACCACCACAACAACAACACUUCCUCCUGAACUCACAAACAACAAGAAGGGUGAUGCCGACAGCAGCAGCAGUAUCAGCAGUUCUGUGUGGGUGCGUGUACCACUACUGAUUGUGGUUGUGUUGUUCUCCGUUGCCGUGUACUGA